UCUGCCGCAGUUAACACUAAUGAAGAUUUCGUAAUUCAUUCUGUAAAACCGAUUGAAAAUAAAACAUGGGAAAAUUGGAAUGGAAAAAUUCAUAUUUCGCCAAAUGCCAUUUUUGAACCGUCUACGCUUGAAGACCUUAUAGAAAUUGUAAAACUAGCAAAGACAAAUAAUAAAACUAUUCGAUGCGCUGCCCAAGGGCAUACAGAAAGUUCCUUAUCUGUCACAAAAAAUUAUCUAGUAGUGGUUACAAAUUUAAAUCAGAUCACUGUUCAAAAACAUCCAAAAUAUGGUUGGACUGUUACUGCCGAAGCAG